GCCACUUCUGCCACGACACCACGAUGCGCAGGUACCUCGCCGGUCGCCGCCCAUGGCGGUCGCUUCUGGCGCUGCCAGGCCGCGUCGCCGGCGUUGGCCCUCGGCGCACCUCGUCGCUCAGCCCGGACCAACGCGGCAACCUCGACAUUUUGCGCACGCUGGCUGAGAGCCUCCAGACGAUGCCAAAGUCCUUGAACAAGUGGACAUCGGCCGACUGGUUCAUGCGGCUGACAAUGCUCUCGACGCACAACUCGACGCGCCACCAUGUGCGCCGCAGCCAGCUGCAUCGACCGGACGCCGUCCGCCUCUCGCUGGCCGAGGCAGCGAUCGACGCGCCGUUUCUGCACGAGCUGCCAUACUACAUUCGCAUCUGCGACGCCUCGUAUGCGUUCACGACCAAAGGCUUUCUGCGCGAGAGCAAGCUGUCGAUAGCGCCCGACGACAUUCUCCAGCAGGAGCCCGGCGGUGUCUUUGCGCCCAAGUACUACUUGUACGUCGAUCACGGCCGACACGAAGUCGUGCUCGUCAUCCGCGGCAGCGCCAGCAUCCAAGACUUUUGCACCGACAUGUGCAUGGACCACGAGCCCUUCCAGACCGGCUACGGCCACCGCGGAAUCGUUCACGCCGCGCAUUGGCUCGACUGGAAGCUACGUGACGACAUGAUCAACAUUGCUGCCGACUACCCAACCUACAGCGUACACGUCAUGGGCCAUAGCCUGGGUGCCGGCGCCGCAGCGCUCGUCUCGACGCUGUGGGCGACGGCGCUGCCUCGACUGCGCUGCCUUGCGUUCGCCCCACCGGCGUGCUUGACACUGGAGCUGGCCCAAGCGUGCGAAGGCCGCGUUGUCAGCGUAGUCUGCGGCGACGACUGCGUGCCACGGCUCAACAGCCACAACCUCGUGCGUCUCCAAGAAGAGGUAGUAGCAUUUGACAUUUCGGCGGCGCUGAAGAGCAUGAUGGCCGACGAGAUCGAAGCGCAAAAGUCGGUCGCGUCCGAGAGCUUCAAGCAGCUCCGCGAGGCCAUGGCGAUCGUCGACGAAAUGAAAGAGACAGCGUCGAGCAUGGUACAAGCCACGAGCACUAACGACAAGUCGGCCAUCAUCGACAAGCUCUCGACGCAGUGGGUCAAGCUCGCCAAGCCGGCGCUGCCGACCGUCGAAGCCGAUGUUGGACUCUUCCUCCGCGAAAACCGCGACAAGCUAACACAGCUCUGGACGACGGUCGAAGCGCAGGUGCAGCGCACCGAAGAGCUCCUCCGCCUCGACAAGCCCCAACUGCAAGCCCUCGCGCAGCUCAAAGCCAAACUCAACACCCAGGACAUGGUGCUUUUGCGUCAAAAACUCGAUUUUUUGGCGGUCAAGCCCGACAACGCAGCAACCAAAGAGAUCAUGGCCAAGUGGAGCCGGCUCGACGUCAAGGUCAUGGUGAUGGAAGGCCUCCUCAAGUUUUUGCACGACCCAGAGAGGAAGCGGCAGCUCAUUGCGCAGCUGGAGCUCCUACUUCGAGAGCUGGCGCGCGUCCGGUCGAGCAAAAAUACCGGCCUCAACGCGAUGCUGGAGCCCUUGUCCAACCAAGUGUACGAGCUCUUGGUCAAGAUCAAGUCUACGCUGCAACACGACAACUUGGCCGUGCCCCUCACAGCAAGCUUUACAUGGGACGCGCGGCCAAAGCAGCCGGCACCAGAGGCCGCGCCGGAAAAACUGCUGCCCUUUCUCGAGCGAAAAGUGUUUGAUAUCGUGGACGGGUUUUGCGACGAGCUUCGCAAGGAGACAACGUCCAUUCUGGAGCUGAGCCAAGCAGGGGACGGUGGUCUGGAGGCCCUACUUCAAAUGGAUCCUGCGCUCCAGACGGCACCGCUGUACCCCCCUGGGAAAGUCUACGUCCUUGAAAAAGAUCCGAGUGGGGCAACGCCAACUGUGUUGUCUGUGACGGCGGUGGACACGUACUUUAACCGGAUCAACGUCUCGAACGACAUGCUCCUCGAUCACCUCUGCACGACGUACGAAGCAUCCAUCCUCUCGCUCCUUCCUCCGCCUCCCGCAAAAGACAUGUAGCAUUUUUUUAAGUACGAAAUCGUACCUCGAAACAACGAAUUCCUACCUGAAACAACGAAUUCCUACCUAAAACAACG